ACCUCACUGGUCCACCUCUCACCUGUCUCCUGGACAGUCUUGAGAACCCAAUCAAUUGCCCAGUGCUGGCCAGUGCCAAAGGGAGUUGGUCACCUAAAAACUGGGUGAGGUGUGACUCCAGCUCCUCCUGUCAUGUGUUGGUCCCAGAUGGUGGAAGGACCCUGGAAAGCCCCCAUCUGCAGAAAAGCCAAUCUAUGAAAACCCAGUGUCCACAAAGGAGACAGAGGAGUCCUGCAAAUUUAUUCAAAUAAAGGAGAGAUUUCACUGGGGCACACCCGUGUUAUAAACUCCCAGCCACGUUGCCCUCUUUCUUUCCCCAUUGGCUGAGGUACUAGGAAGGUACAGCCUUCCUGAACUGCCUACCACAUAUUUCCUCCUUAAACAUGUCAUUUUUCCCCAAAGUUCAGAAAAUCAGACCUGUGCAUGGACCCAUUUGUCUGUUUCAGGAGUCAAAUUGUCUGGGCUCUAACAAACCUGUGCCUUGAAGUUGGUAGAGACAUUAGGAACUAUUUCAAAGACAUUAACACCCGUACCCAGGCCAUGAAAUUGUUUGGAAAAACAUUAGCACACAUCUUUUCUGUCAUGUAGUCCAGUGGGUAACUACGUAAGUAGGAGCAGGCUAUGCUAAAGCUUCUCUGCUUAGUAAUCAAAAUUUACUCUAAGCAUGUUGGCUAAUCUUGUAGUGACCCUUGCUUUUUUUUUUUUUUAUGCCUCACGAAGUGUAGAUGAGGAAACUAGUAAAAAACCACUGUCAUCUAUGAACUAGUUACAGAAGUAUCAUGAAGUGGGCAAGGCGUGGGUUGGGGUUUGAGAAAAAAGUUACUGCUGCUUGUCAUACUGAGAACUAAUUUAAACCAGUAUUCACAGAUAGUAAAUCCAAGAAUAAACUACUAAAGAAAAACACUUAAUGGUAAGUCUUUUAAGCUCCAACGUUUUUAAAAUAUUUUAGAUGUAGAAAAACUUCUGAAAUUGUUUCAUGUUCUCACUGAUUACAGGCCACUAUUUUUGCUUCUUCCAAGGAAGGCUUCUUCUAAAUAAAGCGUGGAAUUAAAUAGCGUGUAGUGCUUUGCCUCUCGGAGGGCUUAAAUUUAGCUUCAUGCAGUGCAGCAGAAGUCACUCUCAUGGUUACAUAGCGACAGGCCCACAUUCCCCAUUCCCGCUGGGAGAAGCUCUCCUGACGCAGGAAAGCAGGACACGCACCGGAGGGCAGGAGCUACGCACGCCGCUGCCAAGGAAACAGGGCUUUUGAAUGCAGCCAAGGAGCAGCGGACAGGUGGCGGGGAAGGUUAAACACCAGUCGCUAUAUCACAGUCCCUGGUGUCCGGCAGCGCCGCUGCGUCCCGCCUGCCGCGCUCCAGGGGCGGAGCAGGAAACGGGGCGGCGGCGGCGGCGGCGCUCCCGCGGCGCGGCGGGACACACUUGCGUCACACGCAGGCCGCUGCUGCCCGGUGACGUCGGCACGCCGCCGGGUGACGUAGAACGGCGGCGGGGCGGGGGGAGGAGGCCUCGGCGGCGGCGGGGCCGGAAAUGGUCCAGUUGUUGCUGUGCAGCUGGAUGUUGCUGAGUAACAUUUCUAUGAGCUUGCUGUUCAAUCUGUCUGUUGUUCAGAAUGGCCAAGAACCCUAAUUUCCCCGAAGCGGGCAAUCUGCCUACAGGCUAUGCACACUGCAGGUCUUCAGACAGUUUCGCUGGCUACCAGUACCACCAUCCCUCCAAGAUGAGUAACAGCCACCCACUUCGUCCGUACACGGCUGUGGGGGAGAUCGACCACGUCCACAUUUUGUCAGAGCACAUUGGUGCUCUAAUGAAUGGGGAAGAAUACAGUGACGUUACCUUUAUUGUGGAAAAGAAGCGUUUUCCGGCACACAGAGUGAUCCUGGCUGCUAGAUGCCAUUAUUUCAGAGCAUUAUUGUAUGGAGGAAUGAGAGAAUCUCAGCCUGAAGCAGAAAUUCCUCUUCAGGACACCACUGCAGAAGCAUUUACCAUGCUGUUGAAAUACAUUUAUACUGGUCGUGCUACGCUACGAGAUGAGAAAGAAGAGGUUCUUCUUGACUUCUUAAGCCUAGCACAUAAAUAUGGAUUCCCAGAACUGGAGGAUUCCACAUCUGAGUAUCUUUGCACAAUACUUAAUAUUCAGAAUGUCUGUAUGACUUUUGAUGUUGCCAGUCUUUAUUCUCUUCCCAAAUUAACUUUUAUGUGCUGUAUGUUCAUGGAUAGAAAUGCCCAAGAGGUGCUCUCCAGCGAAGGCUUCCUGUCACUUUCUAAGGCUGCCCUUCUAAGUAUUGUACUGAGAGACUCAUUUGCAGCUCCUGAAAAGGACAUUUUCCAAGCUUUGAUGAACUGGUGUAAACAUAACCCCAAGGAAAACCAUGCUGAAAUCAUGCAAGCAGUACGUUUGCCACUAAUGAGUCUGACAGAACUACUGAAUGUUGUAAGACCUUCUGGAUUGUUGUCACCUGAUGCCAUCCUAGAUGCCAUUAAGAUUCGUUCUGAGAGUCGGGACAUGGACCUCAACUACAGGGGCAUGUUAAUACCAGGGGAGAAUAUUGCAACAAUGAAGUAUGGAGCACAAGUUGUAAAAGGGGAGCUGAAGUCUGCUCUUUUGGAUGGAGACACUCAGAACUAUGACCUGGAUCAUGGAUUCUCUCGACACCCGAUCAGCGAUGACUGCCGCUCUGGAAUUGAGAUUAAACUAGGCCAGCCUUCAAUAAUCAACCACAUACGAAUUCUCCUGUGGGACAGAGACAGUCGGUCUUAUUCCUACUACAUUGAGGUGUCCAUGGAUGAGUUGGACUGGAUUCGGGUUAUCGAUCACUCUAAAUACCUCUGUCGGUCCUGGCAGAACCUGUAUUUUCCUGCCCGUGUCUGCAGGUAUAUUCGAAUUGUUGGGACCCACAAUACAGUGAACAAAGUUUUCCAUAUUGUGGCAUUUGAAUGCAUGUUCACGAACAAAUCCUUUACUCUUGAGAAAGGUCUGAUAGUUCCCACUGAAAAUGUUGCAACAAUUGCAGACUGUGCCAGUGUGAUUGAGGGUGUAAGUCGCAGUCGCAAUGCCUUAUUGAAUGGAGACACAAAAAACUAUGAUUGGGAUUCUGGAUACACAUGCCACCAGCUUGGGAGCGGAGCUAUUAUGGUGCAGCUGGCACAGCCCUACAUGAUUGGAUCAAUACGGUUGCUACUUUGGGAUUGUGAUGAUCGGAGCUACAGCUACUACAUUGAGGUUUCAACAAAUCAGCAACAGUGGACCAUGGUGGUGGAUCGCACAAAAAUUCCCUGCAAAUCCUGGCAAACAAUCACUUUUGAUAAACAGCCUGCAUCUUUUAUCAGAAUAGUUGGAACUCGCAACACAGCUAAUGAGGCUCUUCAAGAACAAGUAGAAGUGUUUCACUGUGUGCAUUUUGAGUGCCCAGCACAAAACAGUACCCACAAGGACGAGAGUAGUAAGGAAGUAGCAACAACAGAGGUGGGGACUGGUGGACAGUAGCUUGUUUCUUGCCCUCUUGGAGCUGCAACCACCUGCUUCCCUGCAUUCCCCUCCUGGAUCCACCUUGCAUCCUCAUGUUCACCAACCGUAAAGGAGGUUGAAAGGGAGCUUUUGCAGCCCCACUGACAUUCUUUGAAAUUAUUCAGAACCUUCUUGUGCUGGCACCUUUUCUUUCUUUGUGAAUGAAGGGGACCAUGUCUGAAAUGGAAAAGGCUUUCUCCCAAGGAUAUGAACAGACUGUUGCACUCUCCUCGAUAUGUUCAAAUCAGGCUUUUCUCCAAGGGGGGAGAAAAUAGGUCUUCAAUCUUCAUCAAGUACCCCAUUAACACCCUACCUCUCUAAUCUAACCAAGGCAAGGAAAACAGAAGGGACUAAAAGGCAGAGCUACAGUGGAAAUCUAAAAUUACUCAAGCAGAAUGGAAAGCAUAUGAAAUAAGUAUUUGUUCCCUGGAGGCUUUUAUUAACCAAAAAAAAAUGUUUAUGGAACACAUCAGUCCAGAAUAUAUUUUAUUUUUAAAGUGAUUCUUCAUCCAUAUUCCUUUGUAACUAGUAAUCUGUUUUCUAAAGCAUUUUGAUUCUGUAUUGCACCUAAUUUCUUAUUUUUGACUAUAGCAAAUGCUGUACAGUAGAUUAAGGAAGUAUCAGUCAUGUUUACCUGCUGAGAUGCAAAUUCUCUCAUUCAUCAGUGGGAUGACAAGAAAAGCAUUCAUGAUAUCAACAAACUAAUUAAUGUAUCUAUAUUAAUCUUGACCUUAGUUGACUUUUCAAAGUACAAAAUUGUCAUUUCCUACAUUCAAAAGGAAGUUUCUAAAUCAAACAUCCAUCUUGAAGAAAAUUGUAUUUUUUUCACUCCUGAAGAUGAUUAUGUAAAUUCUCCCUGCCUAAGACAACUUGCAACAGAACAUCAAAAAUGUUUGGUUUGAAAAGUGGAACUCCAUCUGGUCACUGACAAGCAGUUGUUCAAAUACCAAAAGACGAAUUUGCAGAUAAUUUACAUUUUUCCUAUAAGAGUUGUUUUACAGUCUGGAGCUAAAAAUUCAGAGGCUGUGUAUGCAUUAGCAUUUCUCAUGAUCUUCAUAAAAUGUGAUGCUUUUGCACUGUAUUGUAAAAGAUCUGGUUCUUGCUUCACAGUUACAGAAUUCGUUAUCCAUCCAUAUCUGUCUGGAUUACAUUGCCUGCUACUUUGCUUAUUCUGUUUUCACACUGAUGAUGAUGAUGUAGUCUCUUACUCUCCAGAUCUGCAUGACUUUUAGGAAGAGCUCCAUGCCAGUCUUUCAGUAUGGGAUAAAGAGAUUUUGUAUUAAGACAAACACUGGGUAAUUGGCAAAAUUGAUUAGGAUGCUUGCUCCUCCUAGUAUAAUGUCAGCUAACCAGUUUUAUGAACUUGGAAUUUCCUGUGGUGAUAAAUAACCUUGUCAGAAGAAAACAAAGCUAGUGCAGGAUAAAUACGGUUUUCUAUUAUAUUACCAUAGUGAUAAAAUGAGUUAUAUCAACAUAGCAAAUUGUAUCUUAAUUUAUCACACUGCUUAAUUUGAAAUAAUAUCCCUGUUGGAUACUAGUUGUGAUAAACCCAAGAAGAAAUAUAGUCAGUGGUAACAAUGAAUCAGAGGAUAUUUCAAAUAAAAAAGCAUCCCUUUUCUUUCAAAUAAAAUUGAUUAGGCUUUAUCAAUAAUAUUAUAGUAUUUUUCAUUGCCAAAUUACAGUUUAGUUCUGACAUUUGCAUACAGUUCCCUCCCUUCUUACACUGCUGUGUUCUGACUUGUGAAUGUCUGUUGGUGAAGAUGGAUGGCCACUGUGCUGUAUAAAGCUUCUAAUUCAUGUGCCACAGCUGCCUUGGACAGUGCAGAGUUUGGAAGCAGGAUGCUGCAUGUGCCAGCCACCUCCCAGUCUGCAGGGCUGAUUACCUAAUGGCUGAACAUACUUUGGAGCAUGGAGACAUUGAGACCAGCUGCUGAGGGCACCACUCUCAUGUUUAUGUACAAAUCCAAAAAGUUGGAAUUUUUUUUCCCUUUAAGAGCAGUAAACUUUUUCAGUUGCAAUCCAUGCUGGAACUACUGAGAUGCCUGGAGCAUAUCUUGCUUUUGGUAGAUAAGUCCUUGCAUGGCAGUGGUGGUAUUUCUUUGCACUUCCAUCAAACCAGUCUGCUUUUCUCAAACUGUGGAUAAGCAAAGGGCAUACCUUCCUAGCUGUUAGUAUUUAAUAGCCACCAUUGUAGAGAAUGUUAAAAAAACUAAAAUAAAAAAAAAGUUGUGCCAUCUGUUCUGAGCCUAGUCUCUCAGAGAAAGAAUGGAAUUUUUCCAUUUGUAAUCUUUGAUAUGCACAGUUAAUUUUUAUGAUACAAAUAAGUCUUGUAGACUAUAACCUAUGGAACAUCUGUUUGAUCUUGUCCUGUAACUUACUGUGGAAAAAAAAGUCUCUAUUUCCCAUGACAUUCACUCUCUGCCAAGAAUCUGGAUGAACAUAUCUGAAAUCCCCAAAGCAAAAACUCUUGCAGUCCUACAGACCCUUCAGUUUCCUGCCCUCAUAAAUCAAUAAAAAGAAACACCAACUUUGCAUUAUUCCUUCAUGCAGGUGAAUAGCAAUUUUAGUAUUAGACUUCUUCUCAGUCACAACUGGCCUUUCUCAGAGUCUUUAUUUUAUUUAGAGUUGCUCUGAGAACCUGGCAUCAAGAUGAGCCCAGUGAGCUCCCAGGCUUUUAAGGCAAGCCCUGCCACAAGCCCUUCACACUUUCCACCUUUACCCUCUUUAUUUAAAGAUGAAAUGUUUACCGAGAGCUGAACUCCCCUGGGUCUUCUAAUACUGCCCACCUACAAACACCCCUAAUACUGUAUUGCCUAGAAGAGGUCUCUUGUCUUAAACAUUGUGUUAGCAAUGUAUUAGUAGUGACAAAGGAGGAUACAACACAGAACUGAUUUGUGGUUUUGUGUGAAUGUUCUCAUUCUUUCUAAUUAUUGUCUGUAUUUAUUAACUCCCAAGUUCAGAUGUACUUCCUGUAUAUUCCUCUGAAGUUUUGGGGUUUUUUCCUUUUCUUUAUCUUUGCUUUUCCUUUCAGGAAAAGUAACUUGAGCUGUUAGGUCAUAGUAUCAGGGUUUAUCGAAAUGAUGAAGUGCUGUAAUUACUCAGAACUGUAUAAUCACUCUUAUUCUAUUUAAAACAAGGUAAGAGCAGAACGGACCAGAUACUCAUUGCUUUCUCAUCAUCAACUAUAAUAUAGACCUGUUAGAGUUCUGCAUAAUGGAAUAACUAUACUGGCAAUACUGACCCAUUGAUUCUAUUUGGUACUUCAGCAUCUUUAUAAUCCCCAAGCCUCCUUUUCUCAAUUUUACUUCCAUAGGUUGAAUUCAGGCUUAGACUUAACUCACAUGGAGCUCAGCAAAGGCCUUUCUAAAAUCUUUUCAUUUAGUUAACUUUUUCCAAAUGAAAAUAAAAGGGUUUUUAUUCACAGAAUGUAAGGGAAAAUUAUUAUCUGAGGAAAUUAAUUUUUGAAGUGAGCAAACAUAGUGCAGCUUACAAUUUUUCAAGAUGUUUUUCAAGCCAUUUCCAAUCAGCUUUUAAACAAGUUCAAAUAGCUGUUAAAUGGAAUUACAAUGAGAGAAGUUAAUGCAAGUCUAAUGUAAAAGACAAUACAGAGUAGAAAUCGCUAAUUUUGUUAGAGUAAGAACUCUUCUUCAUUGCAGUUUUCUUCCUUCAGAGCUCCUUUUCUUUCUUAUUUUCUCUAUGAAAAUCAGUUAUUCAUUAUGACAACUCAUGUAAGAGCUCAGUGCUUCUCAGCAUUGCUGAAAAAUUCAGUUUAAUGCAUCUUUGUCUUUACUAAUGACAACAUUAGAGAAUUUUCAGUUGAGUACCUGACUUGAUGAGAAUUGGUUUCCAUAAAAGAAAGCAAAAGAAGUCUGUAAUUGUUUCAGUCUAAUUAAAUUUUCAGUACAAAAAUUAGAUGACAAAGUUAUUGCCUUUCUUGUCUGAUUGUUGUGUCAUCAUAGUUCUGAUUAUAAAGUGACACCCACUCAGAGACUCUUAAUAAGGGGUUAGAACUUUGAUUUCACCAGCUAUAGUUUGCAUUUCUCUAUGAAGGUAUUAAUUGGCUUAUAUUUUGACAGGUGUUAGUCUACUGUCAAAUAAACAAGCGAAUGCAUUGGUAAUUUUGUUGUUGUGACUGGAGUAGUAAGCAAAUGAUAGAGCCCGAAAGAGUUAAUGUAUCCAAGAGUAAACAUUUAGGCUUGUGCGCCGUCAUAUCAGUUGCCAGAGGACUAAACCAUGCUUCAAAAAUAAUUGUAGAUCCCAGAGGAUGCUUGAGGCCUGGUUUCCAUCCCCAUCUCUCAGUUAAUGGUUCUGUUUAGGUUAGAAUCGCUAGUUCUCUCUAAACUGAUUGUUGUUGUUGUCAGUUGUACUAGUUAACUCAUAUAUAUAUGUGAAGGCUCCACAAAGCUUUUUUCAGGAUAGAGAAGUAAAGGUCUUGGGUCAAGUUUUAGAACUGCUUAAAUAUCCAUUCAUACAUACAUACAGAUAAAUAUAUGUGUGUGUGUGUGUGUGCAUUAAACUGAGGCCAUAGCUAGUUCUUUAGCUUGCAUUUAGAGUAUGUUCUAAAGCUCCAAAAUGAAAAAAAAAAAAAACCUUUGCAGGCAGGUGGGAAAUGCUGCUGUUGUGGUAUGGCAGGAUGCUGGUUGCUUUAAAAAUGUAAAUGUCUAAAAAUGGUACAGGUGAACCAGUCCAAAGUUUUUGUCCAGUUUUUAAAUAUUGGCAAUUUGGCUGUAGUGAGGAAUUUAUAAUAUAAAAGCAAGCUAAAUGCUCAUCUCAAAGAUGGGUGCAGUCCGAAGAACACAGAUAUUCCUCCUAGCUACCUUGUCUGCCAUGGUUUGCAGUAUUUACAGAGUGAACCUUCAUAGGACUUUUGUUACCUGCUGAAAAAAAACCCUGCAGUCUUUUUGGCCCUUGCCAAGCUUUUGUUGCAAAGCUUUGGCUGAGAUAAUGACAAAGUCCCACUCACAUUCCACGGUGGAAUCUGGGGCUGUAUUUGAAUGCUUACAGGAGAAGUUUUUAAAUUGCUCUGCAACUUUCUUUAGAUAAAAAAAGCCCAAAUUAAAAACUGCAGCAUAGUAUGAGGAAACUACAGGUAUCUGUCAUAUGCUCACGUUCUGACUGCCUGUGCAACCACAUACCCAUCCUACCAUACUGUAUAUGCUUAAUUACUACUGCAUGUCCAGAUGGUGGAAGUGAAGAAUGAGCUCUGUACAUCCAUGACAUUAUCCAUUUUCACACAGCCAGUCAUUAGAGAAGUACCUCUCGUACUGUUCUUUGCAGCCUAAUACAAUAAUACAACUCAGUGUUCUGAAGAAAUUAUAAUUGAUUCCUGACAUGAAUGUAAUGGAAUUGAAGUUGAGAUUACAAAAUAUUUGAAUGAGUGGUGGCAUCACCCUGCACAGGUGUAAACAUGCCUCUCCAGUGCCUCUUACUACUUUAGGCCCUGGGUUAUCACAGAGGAGGAAAGCUACAGUAUUGGUAAAAUGAACUUUUAUUCAUCCUUUUUGUACUUAUCUUGGCACAUCUAUUCUCUUUGUGCUGCUGCUCACUUAAAACAAGUUUCUUACCAUUUUCAGAAAUAAUCCUCUGACUCCUGAAAAUCGGCAGAUACACAUCAACAGCUUCAGUCAAUUAUAUUAAGCAGUCUGAGGAAUUUACAAAAUGAAUCUAAUAUGGUCUUUUAUACCAAAUUCUGUGUGUCCAAAAAGUACUAUGGAUGUGUGAAAUACCAGUCCUUUUGGGCCUUGUACUUCCGUGAUCUGUUUAUAGUCUGUUACCCUUAAGAGGAUAAUAAGUUAGAAGUUUACUGUUGACUUAGGAAAUAAGUCAGGUUUUAUGCUGGCUUACAUAAGUUUAAAUAUAAAUUUUAAGUAUUUCUUUCUCACCAUGGUACACCAGCUAUACACUCAAUUUGCUAGUAGUGCAUUGUCCUAGGCAUUAAUUGUACAUAAGUGAUCUUUUCUAAGUUAACUGCAUCAUCACGAGUGAACAUUGAAAGAAUUCAUAACUUUUCAGUGUCCCUGUGUGAAGGUAUUUCAGCUGUCUGUAUGAAACAUCCUACUGAGCUCAUGGACUCGUUUUGGGAAGUUCAGCAUUACUUCACAAUUUGGACUGCAUGUCUAUUAACCUUGUCCAGUCUCGUAAAAUGUUCCUUCCUUUUUGCUUUGCUCAGUGUUGCUAUUGUCUUUGGUUUUCUUUUUUAAGUGAAUGUUAAUGUUCAGAGCCAGGCUAAUUAGAAGUUUAGCUUUUAGUGAACUUUUUCACUAAUUCUCUGUUAGUGGCUCCUCUUUCUUGACAGACAAUAAUUUAAAUCCAUUUUACACUCUUACCUUCCCCUUCUCUGUAGCAAUUAUAAUUGUAUCUUGAAUUUUUUGUGCAUUAAAUCCCUUUCCUUCUUUCUCAUAGAGUGGUUCUAAACUACCUCAGACUUUGUUGUGAACAGGUACGAGUUUCAGCUGCAGUUUUUAGCCUCUGUCAUAAUCUUGGAAUGUUCUUUAAGUGCGUGUCUAUGUAGCAAAACCGGCCUGCCAGACCCUGAUUGCAUUUUCAGGAACAUGGUCCCAAGUGAGACAUGUAAUUGGGAUGAACUCACAGCCACACCUGUUCAGGCUCUCGCUGAUACCUCUUUCAAGAAAAGCUUUUCAGGAGCUCAACUUCUGGUAUGGGAAGUGCUUCAACUUUCUCUUUGAAGGGACAUGAUGCUGCCUGCACUGGAUAACUUCCACCUCUCCAUUAUCCUGACAAGCAUCAUAAAACUGCAUCAUCAGGCCUCCAUCCCUGGCUGCAGGAUCCAUGCUAUUGCAUUGGACUGUGCUCAUCAUAUGAGAAUAAACCCCACAUGGUGUGUUCUGAUGACCUUGGUGUCAUUUUAUUGUCAUUUUAUACUGUUGCAGAUAUGCAUUACCAACCCUUUGGGCUAAUUAGGUUUCAAGUAAAAUGGUGGUUGCAGAUUGUGCUGCAGUGAUCCAGUUGAUAACUUUGGGAAUUGUCUGGUUUUGUAAGUUAUCCAUUGAACAACCUGGCAAACCUCAUUAGUGCUGAUUUCCUUUUCACCAGCAGACAUGCAUAUCAUCAAACAAGCAUUUUGUAACAUGGAAUUUUCUAUGAGCAUCCGGAAAAAGAAGCAUCCCAAUUAUUUUCUUAGUAGCAAUGUGUGUAUUUGUAACAAAAGUUUUAGAAUUAUUAAACUGCUGUAAGCUAUUUUGUGCAUGCUCUGGCAUUGUAUUAACAGUUUGUAUUAACAGCUGAUAAACAGAGGGCUGUGGCACACAAGGAAGGCUGGCUGUGGAUUUUACAGUUUCAAAGAGCAGCAGAGUGCCAGAGUGGAUGCAGGACCAGACAAUGCUCAAAGCAAAUAAUAAAGUUAAACUGUUGUGCUUUGUAUUUAUUUCUUUGGGGAUUCUUCUUCAAAGUAUUUAACCUCACAGGAAAAUAUAGAGUAUAUUUAAAAUAGUAACAAUUAGAAAUACACCUUUUCAAGAAUGAGAGAGGUGUGAUUUGGAAAAUAAAGUGAUCUUUUGUGCUUCA